CGGCGCGGGCGGGAGGCAGCCACCGCCGCCGCCGCCGCCGCCGCCUCGACGGGCAGCCGGGCUCGCCGGCAGCGGGCUCGGGCUCCUGCCCCCUCGGCUUCGCGUCUCCGGCGCCGGGCGGCCGGCGAGUCUGGAGCCCGCGCCGUCGCCGGCCGCGUCUUCCGGGCAUGGAAGGAGGCGGCAAGCCCAACUCUUCGUCCAACAGCCGGGACGAUGGCAACAGCGUCUUCUCCGCCAAGGCGCCCGCGGCGGGCGCCGGGCCGGCCGGGGCCGAGAAGCGCCUGGGCACCCCGCCGGGGGGCGGCGGGGCCGGCGCGAAGGAGCAAGGCAACUCCGUGUGCUUCAAGGUGGACGGCGGCGGCGGCGGCGGCGGCGGCGAGGAGCCCGCCGGGAGCUUCGAGGAUGCCGAGGGGCCCCGGCGGCAGUACGGCUUCAUGCAAAGGCAGUUCACUUCUAUGCUGCAGCCCGGGGUCAACAAAUUCUCCCUCCGCAUGUUUGGGAGCCAGAAGGCGGUGGAGAAGGAGCAGGAAAGGGUUAAAACUGCAGGCUUCUGGAUCAUUCACCCUUACAGUGAUUUCAGGUUUUAUUGGGAUUUAAUAAUGCUUAUAAUGAUGGUUGGAAAUCUGGUCAUCAUACCAGUUGGAAUCACAUUCUUUACAGAGCAAACAACAACACCAUGGAUUGUUUUCAAUGUGGCAUCAGAUACAGUUUUCCUGUUGGACCUGAUCAUGAAUUUCAGGACUGGGACUGUCAAUGAAGAUAGUUCCGAAAUUAUCCUGGACCCUAAAGUGAUCAAGAUGAAUUAUUUAAAAAGCUGGUUUGUGGUUGACUUCAUCUCAUCCAUCCCAGUGGAUUAUAUAUUUCUUAUUGUAGAAAAAGGAAUGGAUUCAGAAGUUUACAAGACAGCCAGGGCACUUCGAAUUGUGAGGUUUACAAAAAUUCUCAGUCUCUUGCGAUUAUUACGACUUUCAAGGUUGAUUAGAUACAUACAUCAGUGGGAAGAGAUAUUCCACAUGACGUAUGAUCUUGCCAGUGCAGUGGUGAGAAUUUUCAAUCUCAUCGGUAUGAUGCUGCUCCUGUGCCACUGGGACGGUUGUCUCCAGUUCUUAGUACCACUCCUGCAGGACUUCCCACCAGAUUGCUGGGUGUCUCUAAAUGAAAUGGUUAAUGAUUCCUGGGGAAAGCAGUAUUCCUACGCACUCUUCAAAGCUAUGAGUCACAUGCUGUGCAUUGGGUAUGGAGCCCAGGCCCCCGUCAGCAUGUCUGACCUCUGGAUUACCAUGCUGAGCAUGAUCGUCGGGGCCACCUGCUACGCCAUGUUUGUCGGCCACGCCACAGCUUUAAUCCAGUCUUUGGAUUCUUCAAGGAGGCAAUAUCAAGAGAAGUAUAAGCAAGUGGAACAAUAUAUGUCAUUCCAUAAAUUACCGGCUGAUAUGCGUCAAAAGAUACAUGAUUAUUAUGAACACAGAUACCAAGGCAAAAUUUUUGAUGAGGAAAAUAUUCUUAAUGAACUCAAUGACCCUCUGAGAGAGGAGAUAGUCAAUUUCAACUGCCGGAAACUGGUGGCUACAAUGCCUCUUUUUGCUAACGCGGAUCCCAAUUUUGUGACUGCCAUGCUGAGCAAGUUGAGAUUUGAGGUGUUUCAACCUGGAGAUUAUAUCAUACGAGAAGGAGCUGUGGGUAAAAAAAUGUAUUUUAUUCAACAUGGUGUUGCUGGUGUCAUUACGAAAUCCAGUAAGGAAAUGAAGCUGACAGAUGGCUCCUACUUUGGAGAGAUUUGCCUGCUGACCAAAGGACGCCGUACUGCCAGUGUUCGAGCUGACACAUACUGCCGUCUUUAUUCUCUCUCGGUGGACAAUUUCAAUGAGGUCCUUGAGGAAUAUCCAAUGAUGAGAAGAGCCUUUGAAACAGUUGCCAUUGACCGACUAGAUCGGAUAGGGAAGAAAAACUCAAUUCUUCUGCAGAAGUUCCAGAAGGAUCUGAACACGGGUGUCUUCAACAAUCAGGAGAACGAGAUCCUGAAGCAGAUUGUCAAGCACGACAGGGAGAUGGUGCAGGCGAUCGCGCCCCUCAGUUACCCUCAAGUGACCGCCCUGCACACCACGUCGUCCACCACCACCCCGCCCUCGCGCCUGCGCACUCAGUCCCCGCCGGUGCACACGGCGCCCAGCCGGUCUCACGGCAGCCUGCACUCGCCCGGCCCCAGCGCCCAGACGCCGCAGCCCCCGGCCGUGCUGUCGCCCUGCUCCUACACCACCGCCGUGUGCAGCCCUCCCGUACAGAGCCCGCUGGCCGCUCGAACUUUCCACUACGCCUCCCCCACUGCCUCCCAGCUGUCACUCAUGCAGCAGCAGCUGCAGGCCCAGCCGCCACCGCAGACUCAGCCGCCGCCGCCGCAGACGCCCGGCAGCUCCACGCCCAAAAACGAAGUGCACAAGAGCACGCAGGCGCUGCACAACGCCAGCCUGACCCGCGAGGUCAGGCCGCUGUCCGCCUCGCAGCCCUCGCUGCCCCACGAGGUUUCCAGCCUGAUUUCCAGACCUCAUCCCACUGUGGGCGAGUCCCUGGCCUCCAUCCCCCAGCCCGUGACGGCCGUGCCGGGCGCGGGCCUGCAGGCUGCGGGCAGGAGCUCGGUCCCGCAGCGAGUCACCCUCUUCCGACAGAUGUCGUCGGGAGCCAUCCCCCCCAACCGAGGAGUCCCUCCCGCCCCGCCUCCACCAGCAGCUGCCCUUCAGAGAGAGGCCUCCUCAGUCUUAAACACAGACCCAGAGGCAGAAAAGCCACGAUUUGCUUCAAAUUUAUGAUCCCUGCUGACUGUCAAAGCGGGAAGACAGACUCUGAUAAACUGAAAAUAUUCUCAGACCUUAUUUUGUUCUAUCUCCUGAUAGAUCCCCGUAGCCUACUAUGAAGAGAUAUUUUAGACAGCUCUGGCCUACAUGCAAAAUGUAAAAAUAUAUAAAUACAUAUACUAUUAAAUAUAUAUCUAAAUUCCCAAGAGAAGUUCUAAAGACCUGUUCUAGCCUUCAGUGUUACAUGUCUUCCUUCCUUUAAAUUAUUAAAGGAGUUAAAAUGUUGUUGAAAGAUUAUUUCUCACCUACUUUGACUUAAUUCCUUUGAUAUGUCUAUUUCUCUGUUUUAUGAAGAGUUCUUGGAUUCAAUGGAAACAAAUGUCUGAUUUUAAAAAGGCAACUCAAAGGAGCUACUGAAUAGCACCAAUCAAAACCUUCCUUCUUUAGCUGUGUCUCUCUGCAUCUAAAUUGCUAAACAUUCAUUAUGGAUGAUUCAAUAGCAAAUCCCAUUCUAUAAAUCUAAAUUGUAUUUUGGUGCUUUCAAUUCUAAAUUAGGUGAACAAGCAGGCCGCGUUUGGAGACUAGCAUUGCCACUGUUAAGAAUAUCUCUAACGAGUACGUUCAUUGAUCUUUCAGAAAGCUGAGGGAAUAUUUGUCUUCAUGUGUUACUGGACUUUUACCAAGACUCGAUCAAUGUUAGUUGUAAAUAACUUUUUUAACCCAAAUAAAAAAUAGCUAUUUUGUGUUGUAUGAAGGUAAAAGUCAUUGUUUAAGAAUUUAGUUCUAUUGCUUCACUUCAAAACUUAGAGUUUUAAAUUUUACAAAACCUAAUUGUGACACUUAUUCAACUGUAAUGCAAUGGCUUAAAAUCUACGACAUUAUUUUAACCUGCAAUGUUUUAUGCAAAACUGUAUGCUCGAAUCUACAAAUUGCUUGUAUUACACCAAAAAUCAUUACUUUUCUUCCUUCUUGCCAUAAUCAAGCAUCUGAAAAUAGUCUCUGCAUGCUUUCGGAGAAAAAUAGGUUCAAAUCAGUCAUUUUAGGGGAAGGCUUACAGUAUUUCUCAUUUCUAGAAAAGUAUAACAAUUUAUUAAAUGCCUAUCUUAAAAUUCCUAUAAGGCUGACUUGGAUCUCUGACUUAAGUCUAGAAGUGAGGUUUUCACUUUUAUUUAAUAUUAUCACUAUUAUUAUUAUUUAAAUAAUUAUUCGUAAACCACAGCUUGAUUUGGAGUUGCAAGUAAGGUCUUCGUCUUCACUGUAGUUGGUACUUUAUUGUGGUGUUAAUUUAAAGAAAUAAAUUCAAUACAGCAUCGUGUCUGUUUGGGAACACGCAUUCUGCUCUUUGAAUACUGUAACUAAAUGGGUAGAAAAUCUUAAGGCAUGUGGUGACUAACAUAGCACUUAGAAGGUUUAUUAUUUUACAUGUGCUGAAAAUAGUUUGGACAUGGUGACAGAAAGCAGGGGUAAAGUUGAAUGUCUGUGAGCAUUGUUUGUUUGUUUGUUUCCUUAACUCUCUCCAUGACCUGUGAGCAUCCACUUCUCAGAGAAUUCCCUUAGUGAUCAUUUGUGCCUAAUGCUUCCUGCUAAUGUGGUGAAUGACUGGAACACAAUCAGAAGAUUCCCUGUAACUAACUUCUGUAAAUAACCCCAGUUAAGAGAAUGGCUUCAGUGGAAGUCUUCAGUAUUUCUGACACUGGCAAUACACUUAAGAAGAACUUAAAAAAUUCACACAUUAUAUGGAUGGGGCUGGGUCUCCAGAUAGACUUGAGGACAGAAAAAAGCAAAAGCUUUAAAGUGGAUCCAUGCUUCCUGUUUUGCCUUUUAUGGAUAUAACACCUAUAAUACCAAAAUGAGUUGUUAUGCUUAAUUUCUAACAGAUCCAAACUUGUGUGGAAGUAAUCAACAAUGCUAGUCAAUGUAAUGUUGUCGUUAACAUGCUGGUGACAUACGACAGAGUGUCAGGCCUGGUAUGAGACAGAGAUUGUUCUGUCUACCUAGAACCUAUGGGAAAGCUGCAAGACCAUUUACAUAUCAGUACAAAACUCCUUUAUUUUAUUAAAAUAUUAAAAUUAACUUCAAUUUAAUAAGAUCAUGUAUUGGUCCUUUAAAAUAUUAAAGGUUUACAUUUGAUAGGAUUAAUGGAUUUGGUAGUGAAAUAUUUUUAUAUAUAUAAAUUUUUGUUUUUUUAUUUUGAGCACUAUUGGGAAACAGAAACAAAAUUGAAUUGCAUGGUCUUUCAGUGCAACCAUACAAUUUUUAUUCACUUUGUAAUAGAAUGGACAAAAAAAUUAAGGUUUAUAUGUUCAACUAAUAAAAUGGUACAGGGUAAAUUAUAUACAUAUAUAUAUGAAUGUAUAUAUACUUAAGUAAGAAAAAAAAUUGACUCACAUUCCUGUAACAUAAAGGUCAUUGCUAGUUGAAAAGUGACCUCUUUGCUCUGUACAUAGUUAAGCCCAUAAGUAUGGAGUUUUAAUCUGUACAGAAAGAAAUGUAUUAUUGACUGGUCUUUUUGCUGCUGAGAAGAUAGUAGAAAAGCUGAUUCUUACAACUGUAUGAUCAGGGAGAAGUAAGAUUAUUUCUUUUGUCUUUGCUCAAAGCCAUACGUAUAUAAAUAUAUAUAAAUAUUAUUAAUAAAUUCAACAAAAAAUAAAA